CAAAACAAUUACUGGUAUUGUCUAUCAUUAUUAUCAAUGAUAUAGCCGUCAAUGUAUUUGCUAAGGAUAUAUGCAAAUACAUAACAACCGGUAAUCCCGAAAAUUAUAGACUGUUUAAUACAUACGAUGUCUUGAAUUUUACCGAAAAUAUGGAUUUCAAUCAUAAGACAUUGAUGUAUACAACUGAAUGGCAAUGGCCAUGUAGUUUGCAAUGGCAACGUAGUAGUGGAUCAGUUUCAGUGGAAAUACCCGACAAUGAUGAUGAUGACAAUAGCAAUACCAUUGUUAAUAUAACUGAUCGUUUCAAUGGCAAAGCGUUUGUUAAGUUUUUCAGUAAAAGACAUUACGAUCAACGAAGUGGUUAUAAUAUACUAUUCAAUUGUAUGGCUUAUUAUCAGAUUCCUGACAACAAGACUAGUAUUGAAUGCACAAAAGUUGCCAAUAAUGUGACAAAAACCAUUCAUACGGCAACGAUAGCUAACUGGCCCGAAACUAGCGGUCAAUUAUUUGUCUGGUCAAACACCUAUAUGUCUAGUGCAUCAAUAUUUCAAAAGUAUCAAUCGGAACACAUAUGCAUAGAUUUUAAGACAACAUUUGACGAUAAUAUGUUUACCGUUUAUAAAUCGACUACCGAUUGUGUGCCAAAGUUUUAUGAAAAAUUGCAAUCAUUUUCCCAUAUGGUCGACAAACUACAGGCGCUAACAUACUAUGAUUACGAUCACUUAGAUUAUGCUGUCCUCUGGUUCAACAUCGAUGGUCGACCCAUGUAUUGUACGACACCAGUCGGUAGCCAUUUGUCGUCACAGUGUACAUCUGAAUCAAAAUUGCAAUCAUUUAUGAGCCAAUGUUUCAAAGAUUUACCGACUUUGGUGACAACAAUUACAACACCAACAACAACAACGGUAGAACCGGUUAGUCAUACAGAAAGUUCCCGAUCAACAGAUACUACUAAUACCACUACCGAUGCCAACACUACAACAACAACAACAGCCGUAUCGGUCAGUCCUACUGAACCAGUCGAGUCUAGCACUGGUAUCAUAUUAAUGAUUGUCAUAAUAGUCAUAAUCAUUAUCAUUGUUAUUGUUGUCGUGUUUAUCUCUUUGAUACUUUAUUUGAAGACCAAAAGUGAUGUCCGUAAACACGAAAACCAACUGUCCGGACACCAACUGUCACCACAAAAACAACAACACCAACAACAAGCAGAUAACAUAUCUGAAUCUAUAUUAAAUGAUUCAUCCAUUGUUUCUAUGAGAUCCUAUCGUAGUUAAAAAAUUAUAGAUAUCUAAACA